UCUGAGGCGACCUGAAAAGCCAGUAUCAUCUCCAAAGGACACGAAUCGCCCAAACUUAAGUUGUCACAUCUGUCUCAGUGAGGUGCCAAUUAGUCAAUGCGCGAAGAGCAAUAGCUUCCUGCUUCCGAGAUCUGUCGGCGUUAUGCCUUUUGAUCUCAACGGAAGGCAGUUUGCAAGGCCACUUAUCUUCCCGCGAAGCAGGCAGUUCUCCUCACUGCCUGUAUUGGAAUGUAUUUGGCAAAUCCACGUUAUGAUGCUGAAAGAAAUCAAAGUGCUUCAAGUGUUCAAUCUUUUUCCUAGAAUGUUGUGCUCCUGGUGCAAGUGACAUGAUGGCACUCAUUCCACGUCCUGGUUUGGCUUCUUCUUGCCUUUGCUGGCCUGGGCGACUUAUCAUUUGGCCGCAUCGCUCUUCACGAACAUUACCGGGCUGCGAUUCUGCCAGAGAGGCGGUCAACAACAUGCCCGAGUCAAUUGACCUCACAGAGACUGAACUCUUUUCCUUAUAUGCUCGAUAUCCCGAGAUCCAGUUCGAAUCGAAUCAGGAAGUCUUGAAUGAGAAGGAACAAUUUUCAUCACCGUCCUCGAACAACACCGACCACAACGACACACAGUUUUCCACAGUUUCAGUGUCAACCGCUCAUACAACGCCGCCAAAAACAAACAUUUCCUCCAAUCAUGAUUCGCACUCUCCUUUUGAAGACUUUUUGGAAAAUAUACAGAAGUCGGAUAUGCCAGAAAAUUCCAAGGCUGGUUUCGAAUUGAUUGGGACGGAGAUCAUAGAAUUGGGCUCGUUGUUGUCAGCAUAUGGAAAUUCUGAAAACUCAUGCGGGCCGAAUUCAUGUAUGAUCCUGUGUCAAAGCUGCCCACUGCUGGUCCGACUGCAACAUUGCAACUACAGGGUCGAAAAGCAAAUCAGCAAUAUGUCCUUCAUCAAGACUCUUGCACCCUUCAGAAUUGUGCCGAGUCAGCAGGAUCUUUGGUGUAAUUACAGGCAGAUGGCACAGCUGAUUGCUAAGUACACAGCACUGCCCAGCAGGACAGAACAGAGGCUUUUGGACGAGUUGACCUAUGUUUUCGACGCCUGCGUGUAUCAGCAACUUGUUGCACAGGAUAUCGACAACUCCCUGCAGGAUCGAAUCAACGAGCUGUAUGACGUUCUGAUGUCGCUCCUCAGUAAAUAUACUCUAUGGUGGAAUGGCAUGGAAGAUCUCACGAAAGAAUAUAUGUUGCCGACACUACGAGCCAUGCGACAAGCCCCAGAUGUCUUACGACAGGUAACAUACAUGGAACAGAGUAUCUCAGCAGCAAGGGCGGCUUUUGGGAAAUCGCAAGCCUCUGGCAUGCAAAACUCGGAGAAUCAAGUGGUAGAGGCACUGAACUUGACGGUUUAUCAUACUCAGAUGGCUAUACCGCCCAAGUCGAAGAGAAGAUACAGGAGAGAACAUACGCUUUAGGCAUUUUUGGCCAUAAGACUGGUCAUUUCCUGGGAAGCAUACAGUUGGCGAGCCUCGACAGUCACCAGUAACUGUGCACAACAAUGACUUUCAUAGUAGUUUAGCAAGAAUUCAUACCUCCCUUGAUCCAGGACGACUUGAUAGAAGCUGUUUGCCCCAGCUACUGCGGGCACAAUGAUCUGCUUGAAGCAGGACUGCAUCUGACCAUGACUUCAAAUUGUAACGUUUGAGCGAA